AUGCAGGCAAAUGAAGAGCAGCCGCUGUUAACGACUGCGCAAAAGCCGAACUCUGCACCAAGUCCAAUCAGAGAUGGACCAAAUAGUCAGAAGUUGCCGAGAUUCGGAGCUCAGAGAACAUCACGAACAGCUCAGAAGCUAAAACUUCUCCCAGAAGAAUCCUUUGAAGGGAAUGAACUACUGGGAUCAACAGACAGGGAAGUUUAUUCUCAAGUUAAUCGAAUCACAGACAAGCCAGCGAGAAGAGAUGCCGAAAAGCUGGGAAAAAGUCAGCGACAUCUUUUACCGAGGGUUACGGCUUAUUGUACAGCUAGUUCUUAUAAUAUGAAGGAACUUAUAAGAUGGCUCAAAGCUUGCAAGAAGAUACAUCACACCCACCCUAAACUCUUCGACGAGUGUUUAUUUACACCGUUCAUAUACACCGAUUGGAGAGGAGAUAAAAGAUUUGAGCAUGAAGACGUGAUACGUCUUGAUGAUGAAGGUGGAGAUAUCAACGUAAGCGAUAAACAGCCAGAUUUGUUCAUGUUCGAGUAUGGCGUAGUAGUAAUGUGGGGUUUUACUGAGCGAGAAGAAAAGGCAUUCUUGAAUGACGUUGAAAAGUUUGAGAAGGAAAAACUCGCGGAUGAAGACGUUCAAGUGGAACAAUUUAAUUAUUAUAUUACGCAAAGUUACCAACCUCGAAUUUACAACGACUUCAUCACGUUGCGCGACGGUUCUAAUUACAUGAUCAAGCUUUCGAUAUCGCAUGCCAUAGCUCAAAGUGUCAAAAUUUCGCUUUUCGAAGAGCUGGUAGAUAACACUAUCGAUGAUACUCAAGACAUACCUCAGCAAAUAGCCUCUGCCGGCAAAGUUUUGAUGAGUAAAGAGGACAUCAUGAAAAGCAUUGGAGAGCUUUUCAUUCUCAGGAUAAAUAUAAAUUUACAUGGGUCAGUUCUCGAUUCCCCUGAAAUCAUGUGGUCCGAGCCACAAUUGGAACCUAUAUAUCAAGCCGCUCGCGGUUAUCUGGAAAUAAACCAACGAGUUGCCCUAUUAAAUCAGCGCUUGGAGGUCAUUUCUGAUCUCCUGCAAAUGCUUAAAGAGCAGCUUGGACAUUCGCACGAGGAAUAUUUGGAGUUCAUCAUCAUAGUUUUAGUGGGGGUUGAGGUUGUCGUUUCUCUGAUUAACAUCAUAGUGGACCUAUUUUCGCAAGCCAAAUAA